AUGCAUGUGGUAGGAGACAUGAUUAAUGAGAAGUUCAACAUUUUCAGUGAAGAGAAUUCCUGGGAGCCAGUGGAAAAUCUCCUUUGUCAUGGUCUAAUAGCAGAAUUUGAGAAAAAAAGAGCAGAAGCAGAACAAGAUGAGAAGACAAAGAAAAAAAAGAAUGUUGAUCCUGUGGUGGCACUUCCUUCUUGCAAUGGACUAGAGAGAGGGUGGAAACUGGAGAAAAUAAUUGGUGCAACAGAAGUGAAUGCUGAGAAGAUGUUGUUUGUCAAAUGGAAAGAGCGUGAUGAAAUUGAGGUGGUGCCUUCCAAGGAGCUUCGCAAGCAGCAUGCUGACAGCAUCAUCAACUUCUAUGAGUCUCGCAUAAUGUGGGUCUCAGGAGAGAAGAAGGAAAAGUGAAGUGGUGAUCUGGAGUAUUCAAAGUGAUCUGCCUUCCAUUGCAUUUGUAUUUUGUACAGACCUGUAAUUUAACUCGGUGAACUAUGAGCCCUUACAAUAAGGUGCAGUUUUGUGUGUUUGUUGAAGACUGCUAAUUCAGUCUCAAACUUAUAAACUAGAAGCCAUUUGAGAUGGCAAUGCAGAGGCCAGGCCUCAGAAUGCAUUUUGACUCGAGUAUUGAAUUAGUUGGUCAAAAGCAUAAUCUCAGCAUGCCUGAGAUUUUGAUACACAGAAUGAGUGAAUGAGUUGCAUGAAUGUGUUUUUAUGUUUUUUUUUUCGAAGUUUUCCACUUGUGCUUCCAGUCUUGUCAUAGAACUGACUGACUGAGAACAGACAACGAACUGUGCUGAUUCUCUAAUUGUUUCUAUGUGUGAAGUGGAUUGGAUAGACCUGAUUUUUGUUCUUUUCUGUUGUUUUGUGUACUUACCUCAUGCAGCUUGUCUUGAGCAGCUAAAGGUAUCAUCAUAGCAUCAUAACCCAACUGGACUUUUUAUUUUCCUGUAGCAGAGUUUCGGAAUUUUAUUUCUGCAUGUGGGUUGAUGCUUUUCAUUGUUCUUUACUCUAGAAAUGUAGAAGAAACACCUUCUAGUUGGGUUAUGACUUGCUGUUUCUAAGAUAUUCGAGAGCAAUGCCUGUGGUGCCAACAGGUGAUGUCUAGAAGCGAUAUUGCCUGUACUCCAAAGGAACAGACAUGAUUCUGUAUCCCUGAUCUCCAUGAAUAAAUCUCUCAUACUUA